AUUCUUCCCCCGGUAUCCUUUGGAAGGUUGGCCACUUACUCUGAACAAGGAAACCAACUGGAAAUCUGUGGAAAAGGAAAUGAGCAUCUUUCAAACAUGACACCCAUGAGCACAAGGAACUAUACUUGUAAGUUACUCAUACAUACCAGGAUUAUUUUAUGAAAGUGCUCGAUUUAAUUUAACUUCAUCCUCAUCAUAAACAAGUUGGUCUUACAUUUCAAAUGGAACAGUCUUCUAUGUGAAGGAAAGGUGAAGGCACAGCCCUUCUCGACGGGGAGGAGGAUUACAGGAAAGGUCUCUGAGCCACAACUUAUCACACACUGUCCAGCCUCUGGGCGCACUCCAGUCUCUGCUGUGUGCGCUUCACGGUUCAGAAAAUGGAGAAUAAGAUAAACGGAAGGAUGGGCGCCAUCAGUACUUCGAUCGCUGAUUCUACUGCUACAAGAGUAAGUGACUUGAUUGAAGCUGGGUACAGUAAUACUAAGUUGCCCACCGAGUCACAUUCUCUACCUUGUGCAGCCUCCUCUGUGCGUAAUUUUGGAAACGCCGACACCCUGAUCCACGGUCUAACUUCAAGCGGUGACGGCGCAGUUUUCAAAGACUGUAACAUACCAGAUGGCUCACUACCUGUCAAACAGUUUUAUGAUCGUAGUGGUGAGCAUCUGAAAUGUGACGGUGUGCCAUGGGAAGAUUUAGUAAAAGCUCAGAGAACGAAUGUGGCUACAUCCGCCAGUUUACCAGGCGAAAGUUUAAGCCUCUCCACGACUACCGGAGCAUGCAAAUUCAUCAAAGACGAAAACGAGCCUUCUAUGAUUAUGGACACCCACUGUCCCAGUUUUGAUCCAUCAUCGGAAAUACCUGCUCUCGGCGCCUGCUGUGACACUGACCUGAAGCAGCAGCUGGGGCUGAGUGAUGGAGAGCCGUCAAACUUCAUGCAGUCAGUGGCAGGGCCGGGGCUGGAGGGUUCGCCAAACUUCCUGAUCGACCUGAACCAGUCUGAACAUCUACCGGGCCAGGUGAGGACUAAUUUGUCCGGGAAAGCUGUCAUGAACUUUGAUAGCAAAACACACGCACACUCGCAACUGACAGUGUACAAGAACGAGGCUUCUCGCUGGCAGAUGCAGACGUCUCCGUCUGAUCCUCAGUACUGGUGCCAGACCGCGGUGGUACCCGAGACCCCGUUCACAUCCAGCGGAUACGAUGGGCUCCAGAGCCUGUCCCUGUGUCAGAAGAACCCAUCACCCUUCUCCGUAUUCCCCAGUAUGCCACCUCAGAGACAGUGUGUGAUCUGUGGAGACGAGGCAUCUGGUUGCCACUAUGGAGUCUUAACAUGUGGGAGCUGUAAAGUCUUUUUUAAAAGGGCAGUUGAAGGCCAUCAUAGCUAUCUCUGCGCAGGACGAAAUGACUGCAUUGUGGACAAAAUCCGGAGGAAAAAUUCCCCUUAUAUACUUAUCAAAGGCAGGAAGCUGAAGCGUUAUGGGGCCCUGAAAGCCUUAGGUUUGGUCCCGUCCCUGAUGUUCCAGUCCCACUUGGCCAUGUCCAGUGACAAUCAGGCCCUGAAUCCCAUGCCUUGCAGAGUAGGCAUCUGUGAGGUACAACUCAACCAACAGAUCGUCGGUAUCCUGGAAAACAUUGAACCAGAGGAUGUGCAUUCUGGUUAUGACAACCCUCAGCCGGAUGUUCCCCAUCUUCUGCUCAGCACUCUCAACCAUCUGUGUGAGAAACAGCUGCUGUCCAUUGUCAAGUGGUCCAAGGCUCUGCCAGGGUUUCGUAAUCUUCACAUCAACGAUCAGAUGACCCUCAUUCAGUACUCAUGGAUGAACCUGAUGGUGUUCUCUCUGGGCUGGCGCUCCUUUCAGAAUGUCAGCAGUGAAUUUUUAUACAUCGCACCUGAUCUGGUUCUUAAUCAGGACCAAAUGAGGAGAUCUCCAAUUUAUGAACUCUGCAUGGCAAUACAGCUUAUCCCUCAGGAGUUUGCAAAACUUCAAGUUACUCGCGAGGAGUUUCUCUGCAUGAAAGCCAUAAUAUUACUCAACACAGUGCCUCUUGAGGGACUCAAAAGUCAGGCAGCAUUUGAAGAGAUGAGACAAAGCUACAUCCAUGAGCUGACUAAAGUGAUCCACAUGAAGGAGAAGGGCGUGGUGGCCAGCUCACAGCGAUUCUACCACCUCACCAAACUGCUGGACUCCAUACAUGAAAUAGUGAAAAAGGUCAACCUGUAUUGUUUGAGCACCUUCCUCCAGGCUGAGACCAUGAGAGUGGAGUUUCCAGCGAUGAUGUCAGAGGUCAUUGCCUCCCAGCUUCCCAAGGUCCUGGCGGGCAUGGUGAGGCCACUCUUAUUCCACACCAAGUGACGAUGCCAGCACAGACACCGCAACUGUGCGCAAACACAUUGUGACUGGAUUAUUAUUAGCCUUCACUAAUACUUUGCCAUAUUGCCUCUAAUGCUGUUAAUGAGGUGAACUAGAAUGAACAGGUUCUUUAAAAAUGUUUCGAGUAGAGAAUUAUCUCGAAUAUUAUAAAUUCAGAGGGAUCAAUAAGUAAACUCCUGUGUAUGAUUCUGUUGUAUCGACCUUUUCCCAUCCUACAACUUGUGUACAGACGGUACUUACAAUCUCUAUUUUUUUGUACAGAAGCUGCAAAAUGAAAAACAAUAGAAUAUUUGGUGUUUCUCACCAAGAUUGUAUUCUUAAUAAAUGAGAACUGCAGGAGAGACAGAAUCCUGCCACUUAAACACAUAAAACUCUUAGUAUUAUCAGCAGAGACUUUUGGGAGGAGAAACUCAGAAGAUAAAUAUUUUUAAAACAUGUUUUAAAAAACUGCAUGUGAGCUUCAGUGAAUGAGAAAGAACUCAGCCUACACUGCACAAUGUCCUGUGACCUUUAUUUUAUACAGUAACAGAAUGUGGAUUUUAAAGUCUGUAUCCAGACUAACGUCAAAAUACACAGACAGAUGUUAAUGGGAUGCAUGUGGCAGAUGUAACUCAAGUGUUAGUUCACAGAAAAAAUAUCAAAAUUUCACAGCAUUAAGAAAUUCUUAACUUUUGGAACAGUGUUUAUAUCUUUACAAACAAGUAAUCACAUCUUCCUUGUCCUCUGGUCGAAAUUUACAUCCUAUCCUACUGAAGUUAGUUAAGGUUUUUUCACGUUUUGUAGCUAACAUACAAAUGGACAAAUGGGACAUAAAAACUAACUUGACAAAUGUAAUAAAAAUGUGCAAUAAAAACACAUUUUCAUUUAGCUAUGAUGUGAAGCAACUUACAUUGUACUAGAGCAGAAACACACUACUUGUCGGUCUGAUAGCUUUUUCACAGAAAAACAAAGCCAUGUCAAGAAGUAGGGACCCACAAAUUCAACUGUAUUUCAUUCCCCCAGCAGUUAAUACAAUUAAACUACAUUCUCAAUACCGAUUUUGUUUUAUAUGUUGAAUUUAAAGCUCCUAACUGCAAUGAGCUCAAGUUAACUUCACCAUCUGUGAAAAGAUAUUUGGACCACAGGCCUAAUAAAUCACAUUGUUUAUUUGUAGACCUGUUUAGGCACAUUCAAGACACAGCAGAUGACUGCAAGGAAACAAGCUUACCAUAUAAAAAAAGCAUAUGAAAUGUUACAUAUUCAGGAUGUGGAUAUCAUUUCUGUGAUAUGCCCCCGCAAAUUAUUAUUCCUCCAGUAUUGCUGUUAAAGGCCACCUCACUUUGUAAAUGGAAAAGAACAUCUUGAUCUUGGCAAAUGUGAGAUCUUAAAUACCUUCCUAAAUACUUUUUUCAGCCACUACAGAAAGUCUAACUGUGAAGUAAUUAUUUAAUUUGCAUCAUUUAAAGAGUUAUUAUAUUCUUUUUUUUUAAUGAAAUCCCUUUGUUUUAAAAAAUAUCUUCUGAAAUACUAUUACUGAAGUUACAUUUUUAGAUAAUUAUGGAGUCUGUAUUUUGGAAAUGUUGUGAAAGUAACAGGAAAUUAAAUAUUAAAUGGCAUCUUUAACACAAUUUAAUCAGAUAUAUGUCUAGUUCUCUGUACUAGUACACCAGUGUACCAGUGAAUACAGUACCACAGCUGGCAUUAAAGGCUCCACCUCAUGAAUGUAGCUUUCAUGACAUUAUUAGAAAAGCAUUCUUACAUAUGGCAUAUAUUUUGUGAUAAUUUAUAGUACUACACACUUAAAGAAGUAAAUAUUUUUAUUAGUAUCUACAGAUGAACACAUGAGCAUUAAUGUACAGUAUUGCAUAGCUAACCAGAAAGUGCACUGCAGCAGGGAGCAGGUUCAGUGCUCACAGGCCAGAAACAUGGAAGCUAAGGUGCAAACAUGUUAUGCCUUUUCUAGUAGACUAGACUGAUAACCUCAUUUUAAAUCACAGAUGAAUCAAUUACAUAUAAUGCCAUAUGUUUAUGAAAGUACAGAUUUCCAUUAACAGCCUCUAGUUGAAUAGGGCUAGUUGUUUGCCUUGCCUGCCUUGGGAUCUGAAGCAGAAAGGGAAGCACGGUGGUAAAGUACACAGCAACGUUAUAUGGUGUUUCCCCAGCUACCACAUGUCGAACCCUAAGUUGUUCCCGAUGACCAGUGCAGCGCUUUGCAGGGACAGAGCUGCCAUCGGUAUGUGUGUAUGUGAGUUGGCGCUGCAGAUGCUACCUUCUGUACUGGAGACAAACUCCAUGUGUGUGCAACAUACUUGGCCAAUAAAAGUGAUUAUCGUUAUCACUGAUGAGAGUGUUAAUGGCAAGUUAAAAGAUAAUAUAUUCCUGAGAAUAAAUCUUGUGAAAUGG